AUGUUGUCUUAUGUGAUACGAAGAAUAGGUGCGAAACAAUGUCCGUUGUCGCGGAUUCGGCGCUCGACUUCAACAAGUUUGGUUAGGGUAAGAACAGUGAUACGAGUAGUUGAGCUUCAGUCUACUUUUACAUCGUAUUUCAUUGGGUUUGGAGGAUUUCCAAAGGUUUUUUUGCUUAAUGUAGAUAGUAGUGUAAUGUUUUGGCUAUAACUCGCUGAAAUGUCGAUGAAAUGAAGCGGUAUUUUUUAUUUACUGGUACAAGACUUUAGGGAAGAUGUAUGUUAAAUUUCAGGGGUCUAUCUGCAUUUUUCUUCAAGCUACAGCCAAAACAUUACACUUGACUUCAUUUUUUUACCUAAAAUACUAAAAAAUUCAAAAAAAAACUGCAGUUUAGCCCACGAUUUUUGAUAAAAAUAAAUCUCAGGAGAUCGGAAAGACCGUGUGCACACUUACUUUACAUCAAAUUUGGUUUUGUUAUUCCCAAAUUCACCAAUAUUAUCCAUGAAAAAACAGCUAAAACAAUAUCCGAAAGCUUUUAUUCUCGAAGGUUUUUUUUGCAGUCCGAACGCAAAAAACGCGAUGAAAGUGACCAAUGUUCGAAAUUCGCCCUUGGGCAUUUGCACUUUUAUCCAAAAACAGCCAUAAAUUUUUUUUCGAAAAACAAUUUUCCGCUCUUUGCCACGAUCGCACGAAAAAGCCCGCCGAUUUCGUCAUUUGCAAUUCAUUGUUUUGCCAAGCCCUCUCGUUGUGCUGUGGUUGUCCAUUUUGCGUCUGAUCGGAUUUGAUUUUCAGCAUUCUAACCCCCUUUUGGCAACUAAUACCAUGGCCUCACCAGCACCAUUCGACCGAACCUUGCACGUGGUCCGUUCCGACACCCCGAUUCUGAAGUUGGAAUGCGAAAAAGCCUUUUCACGUAUGUGUUUUUGUUUACGUUUCCGUUUUUAGGAGGUUUGGAAGGGAGGAGGGAGUUGUUUUUAUCAAUAGAGUUGGUGGUCAUGGUGAAGAUAAUUUUUAAUCGGUUUGAAAUGUUAACGAACUGAAAUUGGGUUUAAUAGAGGCAUGUGGUCAUGGAUGAUGGGGUCAAAUAAAAAAAGUUCUACAUUUACUUGAAUCUUUAGGAUUUUUGAGCGAAAACGUCUCUUAAACAUCGGUAACUUUUUGAAAAUUUUGGAGCGUCGAUGGUCGAAAAAUUGCUUUGUUAGAGAGUGUAGACUCCAAGUUGUCCAUUACAACAAAGAUUCUUCCAUGCUGGCCUUUCUUUCGAAGAAUUUUUGACUAAAGCAUCUCAUGAUCAUGGUGAAGGUAAUGGCUUUCUACUUGAGGCCAUUGAUCUUUUUGUUCUUUCAGCGGAUACUGUAGGUGACUGAUAAGAAGCUGCCAAAUUUUCUCCUGCAGGAUUACCAUGUUUCUGUUAUUUUUAUAUUACACUUGACCUUUUACAGAACUCAGCAAUCGAGACAAGCUCUACGCCCAUUAUCUUGCCCGUGCCUCGUUCGACGGUGGCCUCAUUACCUUCUGCCAACGUUCUCCCGAAUCUCCGGCCAUCCUGUACAUAUUUACGGCCGUUUUUCGCGGAGAAGCCCUCCAAUCACUGAGGGAGAAGGCGCUGGAAGUUGGGUGGUCAGAAGACGAUUUUAACGACUUUUUAUACUAUUUUGCCACUUUCUACUACAAUGCGGGCAACUAUUUUGGAUUUGGCGACCGGAAAAUGGUUCCAGCAGUUUCCCAAGUAUGUUUUUUGAGUAUUUUUCGAUUGAAGUUUAGGUCUGCCUAGUAUAACAUCAAAAAAUGGCUGGAAACCAUCGUUUUUUGAUGGAAUUAAGUGUCCAUUUUUGUAAUGUAGAUGAAUUUCAGCGCAGCCUUCGACAAUUCCUUUUCAAAACCGCCGCAUUCAACGAGGAUACGAAGCUAGUCGAGCUUUACAAUGAAGUCGAAGAGAAGAUUUACGGGCUGUCGGAGAAAGAGCGAUUCCUCGGGUACCCGAACAAGGUAAGUCCGUUUCUUGGAGUAUUAGACGUUUUAGAGCACCACUGGCUUCCAUUCGAAGAAUAUCACGGAGGAGGAUACAAAAUUUAUCACGAAAUUCUUCACCUCCAUCAACUUUGAGGGCUGGAAUACGAGACUGGAAAAGAAAGAGAAUGAUGGCGAAACGACGUACUUUGUCAGAGUCGCUGCUGUGAACAAUGGUAGGCAUUUCGACUGUUUUCUCUCUGUUUUUAGGGUCAAGUGGAAUUAGAGACUUAUUUUCAUUAUCUUAUAUUACUUUAGCUGUCCUCUCCAGCCACGAAUUUGAAGGCCGUAAGAUCAUUUUCCAAGCCGGUGAUUACUCGCAAAUCCUAGCACGUGUCAUCCCAUCCCUUGAAAAGGCUCGGGUAUGUUUGUUUGCUACCAUUCAGCCAAGUCAUUCAUCAUUUUUUCUGACCUUACACUUGAUAUUAAAAUUUUUUUUCAGGAGUACGCCAAUGAUAACCAAAAGGAGAUGUUGGCGAAAUACGUCGAGCACUUCAAGACUGGCUCGUUGGCAGCUCAUAAAGACGGGUCGCGCUUCUGGAUCAAGGACGUGAAUCCGGCUGUCGAGAGUUAUAUCGGGUUCAUUGAAAAUUACUCGGAUCCGGACGGAGUUCGCUCCGAAUACGAAGGAUUUGUAGCCGUUGUGGAUAAAGAAGUCUCGGCCAAGUUCCAGAAGCUCGUUGCCAACGCUGGAGAGUACAUUCAACGACUUCCGUGGGGCGCGGAAUACGAGAAGGACAAGUUUUUGAAGCCCGACUUCACCUCAUUAAAUGUACUGGCAUUCGCUAGCAGUGGAGUGCCGGCUGGAAUCAACAUUCCGAAUUGUGAGUUUAAGAGCUGUUUGUGGUGGGUGUGGAUUUUGAGGGAGAUUGGGGCGAUGCGAUUUGAGAUAUGAACGGUUUGAGUUGGGAAUUGGGCUAAUGGGAUGGUGAAGAUUUUUUUGGAAAAUUUUUGCGAUUUUUUUGAAGUAGUAGGAUAGAAAUGGAUAGUAUGUGAAUGAUUGAGGUCUGAAAGUUUUUUAGAACUAGAUUAGAGUUUUUUAGAGAGUUUUUGGAUAUUAUAGUAGGUGGUUUUUUCUAAAUUUUUGUCGACUUUUUGAGUUUUUUUGUCUUAAUUUGAUUUUUUUCUUUGGUAUUGUAGAAUAUAGAGGGAUGUUUUUAUUUCAUUGGCCACAAAAAUUUCCAUUUUUUCAGACGAUGAGAUCCGUCAAUCAGAAGGCUUCAAAAACGUCUCUUUGGGCAAUGUCAUCUCCGCGGUGGCCCCAACUCGCGCCGAAUUCCUCAGCGAAGAAGAUGAUAACCUUUACAGACUCUAUUUCCAAGACUCGUUUGAAGUGCAGGUUGGUCUUCACGAACUCCUCGGACAUGGAUCGGGGAAGUUGUUUAUGAAGUCCAAAGGAGAACUCAACUUUGACCCUAAAACCACCAAGGAUUUGUUGAAUGGCGGCGAGGUUACUCACUGGUAUGAGGAAGGAGAAACCUGGAGCAGCAAGUUUGGCCAGGUUGGCGCGUCUUACGAGGAAUGCAGAGCCGAAGCCGUGGGGUAUUAUCUCUGCUGCUAUGAUGACAUUAUGAAGUAUGUUUUUGGGUUUUUUUUCAUGAAUGGGGGGCUUUUCUGGAUUGGAUAAGAUAGUAUGGGACAUAAGAGGGCAUGUCGUGGGUAUUGGACACAAGUUUGAGAUUGGAUUAAGGUCAUAUUAUCAGAUAUAUUGUUUUAGACAACCCUUCACUAGACUUGAUUUUUUUCGAUUUUUUUGGCCAAAUUCGGAAUCACAGGAGGCUUGUAUAGGUGUGAGAUGACUGACUAUCUUUUACGGAGAAAAUGCCCAUUGAUUUUCUAUCGAAAAUUUGAAAUUUUUGACUUAAAUUUGGAGGUUUUUUUGUAAUUUUUUUGUUUUUUUUUAUUUUCAAAAAUUUUUUGUUUUGACGUUUGUUUUAAUUUUUGGAAAUGACGGAAUAUAAUUUCAGCUUGUUUGGCUACGAAGGAGACUUGGCCGAGACGGUCAGAUAUGUCAACUGGGUCAAUGAAAUCCGCGCCGGGCUGAUGGGACUCGAGAAUUAUGAUCCGGAUCAAAACAAAUGGAUUCAGGUGGGAAUUUUUUGAUUUUUCGGGUUUUUUUAGAUAAUAUGAGAAUGUAUUAGCCAUCGUUCGGAUAGUUGUUGUUUAUUUGGAUAUUUUUUUUUGAAGAAAUUUUACGUCUUUAGCUAUAUUUUUUGGAAUUUUUGAACUGGUCUUUUAUAGAGAUAAUUUAUUCGACUUUAGGCCCAUUCUCGCGCCCGUUUCGUCCUCUUCCGGGUAGUUCUCGAAGCCGGGCAAGGAUUUGUGAGCAUUGAGGAAACCACCGACGCCAAAGGAGUCCCCGAUCUUUUGUUCAAAUUGGACCGAACCAAGAUUCAGAAGGUUGGAAGACCGGCGGUUGGCGAGUUCUUGAAGAAGCUGCAGUACUAUAAGUCGACUGGAAACAACGCCGAAGGCAUCCCAUUCUACGACAAGUGGUCCGAAGUUGACGAAAAAUACCAAAGGUGGAGAAAGGUUGUUUUGGCCAGAAGGAAGCCAAGAAAGGUCCUAGUGCAACAUAACACGGUCAAGGAGGAAGAUACUGGCGGUAAGUUUGUAUGCUAUAAAUGGGAGAAGUGUUGGGGAAAUGGCUUUUGAGAUCUAAGCAAAAAUUUAUAUUAUCCUUUGCAGAUAUCUCGAUUGUCAAUUAUGAGCCCACCCCAGAAGGAGUUGUACUCUCAGUCCUGGAACGCCACCCCGAAUCUGCUCUAGAAGAACUGCUUGAGGUCUACGAGCAAGAGAAGAAGACUAUUUUUGCAUAG